AUGAGUAACGAUCCAAAUCACAAUGGAUCAUUACACAUUGUGCGUUUGAGUAACGAUCCAAAUCACAAUGGAUCGUUAAUCAUUGCGCGUUUGAGUAACGAUCCAAAUCACAAUGGAUCAUUACUCAUUGUGCGUUUGAGUAACGAUCCAAAUCACAAUGGAUCGUUACUCAUUGUGCGUUUGAGUAACGAUCCAAAUCACGAUGGAUCAUUACUCAUUGUGCGUUUGAGUAACGAUCCAAUCACAAUCAUCAAUUACAUUACUCAUUGUGCGUUUGAUAAUGAUCCAAAUCACAAUGGAUCAGUACUCAUUGCGCGUUUGAGUAAUGAUCCAAAUCACAAUGGAUCGUUACUCAUUGUGCGUUUGAGUAAUGAUCCAAAUCACAAUGGAUCAAUAUUCAUUGCGCAUUUGAGUAACGAUCCAAUACACAAUGGAUCAUUACUCAUUGCGCGUUUGAGUAAUGAUCCAAAUCACAAUGGAUCGUUACUAAUUGUGCGUUUGAGUAAUGAUCCAAAUCACAAUGGAUCAUUACUCAUUGUGCGUUUGAGUAAUGAUCCAAAUCACAAUGGAUCAUUACUCAUUGUGCGUUUGAGUAAUGAUCCAAAUCACAAUGGAUCGUUACUCAUUGUGCGUUUGAGUAAUGAUCCAAAUCACAAUGGAUCUUUACUCGUACGUUUGAGUAAUGAUCCAAAUCACAAUGGAUCGUUACUCAUUGUGCGUUUGAGUAAUGAUCCAAAUCACAAUGGAUCAUUACUCGUUGUACGUUUGAGUAAUGAUCCAAAUCACAAUGGAUCGUUACUCAUUGUGCGUUUGAGUAAUGAUCCAAAUCACAAUGGAUCAUUACUCAUUGCGCGUUUGCGUAACGAUCCAAAUCACAAUGGAUCAUUACUCAUUGCGCGUUUGAGUAAUGAUCCAUAUCACAAUGGAUCGUUACUCAUUGCGCGUUUGAGUAAUAAUCCAAAUCACAAUGGAUCAUCACUCAUUGUGCAUUUGAGUAACGAUCCAAAUCACAAUGGAUCCUUACUCAUUGCGCGUUUGAGUAAUGAUCCAAAUCACAAUGGAUCGUUACUCAUUGUGCGUUUGAGUAAUGAUCCAAAUCACAAUGGAUCAUUACUCAUUGCGCGUUUGAGUAACGAUCCAAAUCACAAUGGAUCGUUACUCAUUGCGCGUUUGAGUAUGAUCCAAAUCACAAUGGAUCGUUACUCAUGUGGCGUUUCAGUAAUGAUCCAAAUCACAAUGGAUCAUUACUCGUGUACGUUUGAUAAUGAUCCAAAUCACAAUGGAUCAUUACUCGUUGUACGUUUGAGUAAUGAUCGAAAUCACAAUGGAACAUUACUCAUUGCGCGGUUGAGUAAUGAUCCAAAUCACACUGGAUCGUUACUCAUUGUGCGUUUGAAUAAUGAUCCAAAUCACAAUGGAUCAUUACUCGGUGUACGUUUGAGUAAUGAUCCAAAUCAUAAUGGAUCGUUUCUCAUUGCGAGUUUGAGCAAUGAUCCAAAUCACAAUGGAUCGUUACUCAUUGUGCGUUUGAGUAAUGAUCCAAAUAACAAUGGAUCAUUACUCAUUGCGCGUUUGAGUAACGAUCCAAAUCACAAUGGAUCGUUACUCAUUGCGCGUUUGAGUAAUGAUCCAAAUCACAAUGGAUCAUCACUCAUUGUGCAUUUGAGUAACGAUCCAAAUAACAAUGGAUCGUUACUCAUUGCGCGUUUGAGUAAUGAUCCAAAACACAAUGGAUCGUUACUCUUUGUGCGUUUGAGUAAUGAUCCAAAUCACAAUGGAUCAUUACUCGUUGUACGUUUGAGUAAUGAUCCAAAUCACAAUGGAUCAUUACUCAUUGUGCGUUUGAUCAUUGCGCGUUUGAGUAAUGAUCCAAAUCACAAUGGAUCGUUACUCAUUGUGCGUUUGAGUAAUGAUCCAAAUCACAAUGGAUCAUUACUCGUUGUACGUUUGAGUAAUGAUCCAAAUCACAAUGGAUCGUUACUCAUUGUGUGUUUGAGUAAUGAUCCAAAUCACAAGGGAUCGUUACUCAUUGUGCGUUUGAGUAAUGAUCCAAAUCACAAUGGAUCGUUACUCAUUGCGCGAUUGAGUAAUGAUCCAAAUCACAAUGGAUCGUUACUCGUUGUGCGUUUGAGUAAUGAUCCAAAUCACAAUGGAUCGUUACUCAUUGCGCGUUUGAGUAAUGAUCCAAAUCACAAUGGAUCGUUACUCAUUCUGCGUUUGAGUAAUGAUCCAAAUCACAAUGGAUCGAUACUCAGUGUGCGUUUGAGUAACGAUCCAAAUCACAAUGGAUCGUUACUCAUUGUGCAUUUGAGUAAUGAUCCAAAUCACAAUGGAUCAUUACUCAUUGUGCGUUUGAGUAAUGAUCCAAAUCACAAUGGAUCAUUACUCGUACGUUUGAGUAAUGAUCCAAAUCACAAUGGAUCGUUACUCAUUGCACGUUUGAGUAAUGAUCCAAAUCACAAUGGAUCAUUACUCGUUGUACGUUUGAGUAAUGAUCGAAAUCACAAUGGAACAUUACUCAUUGCGCGUUUGAGUAAUGAUCCAAAUCACACUGGAUCGUUACUCAUUGUGCGUUUGAAUAAUGAUCCAAAUCACAAUGGAUCAUUACUCGGUGUACGUUUGAGUAAUGAUCCAAAUCAUAAUGGAUCGUUUCUCAUUGCGAGUUUGAGCAAUGAUCCAAAUCACAAUGGAUCGUUACUCAUUGUGCGUUUGAGUAAUGAUCCAAAUCACAAUGGAUCGUUACUCAUUGCGCGUUUGAAUAACGAUCCAAAUCACAAUGGAUCGUUACUCAUUGCGCGUUUGAGUAAUGAUCCAAAUCACAAUGGAUCGUUACUCAUUGUGCGUUUGAGUAAUGAUCCAAAUCACCAUGGAUCGUUACUCAUUGUGCGUUUGAGUAAUGAUCCAAAUCACAAUAGAUCGUUACUCAUUUUGCGUUUGAGUAAUGAUCCAAAUCACCAUGUAUCGUUACUCAUUGCGCGUUUGAGUAAUGAUCCAAAUCUCAAUGGAUCGUUACUCAUUUUGCGUUUGAGUAAUGACCCAAAUCACAAUGGAUCGUUACUCAUUGUGCGUUUGAGUAAUGAUCCAAAUCACAAUGGAUCGUUACUCAUUGUGCGUUUGAAUAAUGAUCCAAAUCACAAUGGAUCAUUACUCAUUGUGCGUUUGAGUAAUGAUCCAAAUCACAAUGGAUCAUUACUUGUCGUACGUUUGAGUAAUGAUCCAAAUCACAAUGGAUCGUUACUCAUUGCGCGUUUGAGUAAUGAUCCAAAUCACAAUGGAUCAUUACUCGUUGUACGUUUGAUUAAUGAUCCAAAUCACAAUGGAUCGUUACUCAUUGCGCGUUUGAGUAAUGAUCCAAAUCACAAAGGAUCGUUACUCAUUGUGUGUUUGAGUAAUGAUCCAAAUCACAAUGGAUCGUUACUCAUUGCGCGUUUGAGUAACGAUCCAAAUCACAAUGGAUCGUUACUCAUUGCGCGUUUGAGUAAUGAUCCAAAUCACAAUGGAUCUAAUGACCCAAAUCACAAUGGAUCGUUACUCAUUGCGCGUUUGAGUAAUGAUCCAUAUCACAAUGGAUCAUUACUCAUUGCGCGUUUGAGUAAUGAUCCAAAUCACAAUGGAUCGUUACUCAUUGCGCGUUUGAGUAAUGAUCCAAAUCACAAUGGAUCGUUACUCAUUGUGCGUUUGAAUAAUGAUCCAAAUCACAAUGGAUCGUUACUCAUUGUGCGUUUGAGUAAUGGUCCAAAUCACAAUGGAUCGUUACUCAUUGUGCGUUUGAGUAAUGAUCCAAAUCACAAUGGAUCGUUACUCAUUGCGCGUUUGAAUAAUGAUCCAAAUCACAAUGGAUCGUUACUCAUUGUGUGUUUGAGUAAUGAUCCAAAUCACAAGGGAUCGUUACUCAUUGUGCGUUUGAGUAAUGAUCCAAAUCACAAUGGAUCGUUACUCAUUGCGCGUUUGAGUAAUGAUCCAAAUCACAAUGGAUCGUUACUCAUUGCGCGUUUGAGUAAUGAUCCAAAUCACAAUGGAUCGUUACUCAUUGCGCGUUUGAGUAAUGAUCCAAAUCACAAUGGAUCGUUACUCAUUGUGCGUUUUAGUAAUGAUCCAAAUCACAAUGGAUCGUUACUCAUUGUGCGUUUGAGUAAUGAUCCAAAUCACAAUGGAUCGUUACUCAUUGCGCGUUUGAGUAAUGAUCCAAAUCACAAUGGAUUGUUACUCAUUGUACGUUUGAGUAAUGAUCCAAAUCACAAUGGAUCGUUACUCGUUCUACGUUUGAGUAAUGAUCCAAAUCACAAUGGAUCGUUACUCGUUGUACGUUUGAGCAAUGAUCCAAAUCACAAUGGAUCGUUACUCGUUGUACGUUUGAGUAAUGAUCCAAAUCACAAUGGAUCGUUACUCAUUGUGCGUUUGAAUAAUGAUCCAAAUCACAAUGGAUCGUUACUCAUUGCGCGUUUGAGUAAUGAUCCAAAUCACAUUGGAUCGUUACUCAUUGUACGUUUGAGUAAUGAUCCAUAUCACAAUGGAUCGUUACUCGUUGUGCGUUUGACUAAUGAUCCAAAUCACAAUGGAUCGUUACUCAUUGCGCGUUUGAAUAAUGAUCCAAAUCACAAUGGAUCGUUACUCAUUGCGCGUUUGAGUAAUGAUCCAAAUCACAUUGGAUCGUUACUCAUUGUACGUUUGAGUAAUGAUCCAUAUCACAAUGGAUCGUUACUCGUUGUGCGUUUGACUAAUGAUCCAAAUCACAAUGUAUCGUUACUCAUUGCGCGUUUGAAUAAUGAUCCAAAUCACAAUGGAUCGUUACUCAUUGCGCGUUUGAGUAACGAUCCAAAUCACAAUGGAUCGUUACUCAUUGUGCGUUUGAGUAAUGAUCCAAAUCACAAUGGAUCGUUACUAAUUGCGCGUUUGAGUAAUGAUCCAAAUCACAAUGGUAACUAA